AAUCGAACGUUCAUACACGCAGAGAAUACUGCAGCAACCAAUCAGCGGGCUAAGAAAGCGUGGAAUCGAACGUUGAGGCACCUCCGGCUUCCCCCUCUGCCCACCCCGAUUCUCUCCACAUGCUCCUCCCCUAGAUGCUGUUGUUUGUGGUGGUUUAGCUGCCGAAGAACUACGAGAGGGGAAGGGGAAAUAUCAACACAGCCUUGUUCCUGCCGACUGAAGCUAUAGAGGCCGAGAGGCGGCUUGGCUCAAACCCGGCGAGAGGACUAGCUUAAAGCCUCGGAGCAGAGAAGGCGCCUGGCAUUUCGGGCUAGGAGGAGAAGAAGCCUUUGUCGAUUUUUUUUUCCUCCCCCCAAAAAACACGUAUCCCUGCCGCCGCCUCUUCCACCACCGCCACCACCUUGAGUGCGUUUGGCUCUCCUCCUCCCUUCCGUGUUGUGGUUUCGCUUCUCUCGCCAUGUCGGUGAAUAUGGAGGAGCUUCGGCAUCAAGUCAUGAUUAACCAGUUCGUGCUGGCUGCGGGCUGUGCGGCGGAUCAAGCGAAGCAGCUACUGCAAGCUGCACAUUGGCAAUUUGAGACGGCUUUGAGUGCAUUUUUUCAAGAAACCAACAUUCCCAACACCCAUCACCAUCAUCAAAUGAUGUGCACACCCAGCAAUACUCCAGCCACACCACCCAAUUUCCCAGACGCUCUAGCAAUGUUUUCCAAGCUGCGGACUUCAGAGAAUCUCCAAAGCAGCAAUAGUCCCAUUACGUCCAUGGCAUGUUCUCCUCCAGGGAGCUUCAGCCCUUUCUGGGCCUCUUCGCCUCCCAACCACCAACCUGCCUGGAUCCCUCCUUCAUCACCCACCAGUCACAAUCUCCACCAUCAUCUCCACCAUCAGCAGCCCAUGUGGCCUCCUGUGUCUCAGCCAGCGCCCCCCCAGCAGAAAGCCAUGGCAGCAAUGGAUGGCCAGAGAUAAGACUUGACGUUUUUGGAAUGGGAAAGAAGAUGGGGCAAGGGGGGGAAGAGGAUAUGGCAAAUCUGAGGCACGGGAAAUGGGAGGGGGGGCAUUUUUUUUUCUCUGAAGAUCGCACUGGAAUAUUUUAUAGUUUUUUUUUUUUUAAAUUGAUGAAAUGUCAUCAGUUAUCCCCAUGAUCCUUUUCUUCUUUUUCUUCUUUUCUUCCCCUAUCCGCUCUUCAGGAGAGUUAAUAACUGGUCUCUUCUCUUUUUUAAAAAGAAAAAAAUAUAUAUAACUAUAAUAUAUAAAUAUAUAAAUAUAUCUAAUGUAUAUAUACAUCACAAAUGAAAGCAACGGAAUUGCAAAGAUCCAGGUGGUAUUCUAAGAACGCUGCUUGGAAAGAGAGGCAGCUGCUUUGAAAACAGGAUAAAGGUGCCUCCCUUGAAACAUGUAGGUGGGGGGGGGCUCAAAAAUCGGGGGCUCUCUUGUUUUUGUUGUCCUCUUCUUUCCCCAUUGGUUCCCGGGGAUGUGGCAAUACCUGUAGCAGCUAGAGGGUUGAGGGGCCUUGGGAAAAGAGUCAUUGAAGGAAGCCACGCGUCCAAAAUUGUAGCUGCCCUUGUCCUUGUGUGAAGAGACCAGGGCUGGAAGAAGUUGCAGCUGAGACAUGGGCCUGUCUCAGACCUGUUCGGCAGAAGAUUAUCUGCUGAAAGAAUCCAGCCUCCCUUCUCCAUCAAAGUGGGGGUGAUUUUUUGUUGUUGUUAAUUUUAUGCUGCAGAGGCUGCUCCACAGAGUUUUCCUGUGGGCUACAGGAGAAUCUGAUAAUAAAUAAAUUAAGGCAAAAUGCCUCUGCUGUUAGACACUUUGGGGACUUUCCUCUUCAAACAGCAUGUUGAUCUUGGCCCACAACUUUGUGUACACAUAAGAAGUCUAUUUUUUGCUCUCUCAUGUCUCGGGCAGGAGUUAAUAUAUGUGCACUCUAACAAAAUAAUUUUGAUAGCCAGCUAGCUCUUUCUCCUUGCAGCAGGCUGGAUUUUUUCCCCCUUGCUGGUGUUCUCUUCUGCUAUUGUUUUUUUUUCCCCUUUCUUUUAAGAAGGGGAAAGAUGCUCUAAGUUGAGUACAAAUUUUUAUCUACAUUUCCCCAUUUUGGCCUAUUGAAACUUUCAUGAUGGCUGCAACAGGUACAUCCCAAAUCACUGAAACUUGUAUCUUACCAUGAACUGAAAUAUCUUCUUGUCCUACUUCCCUCCCUCCCUCCUUCCCUCCCCUCUUGGAAAAAUUUUCCCCCUUCAACUCUCCGGCUGAUUCCCUUUAAAAAGGACAAUGUUUAAGCAUUGGGGAGGCUCAUCCAGAAGGGGAAACAGCUGAAAUUUUCAAAGGCAUAUGCAUCACGGAGACACGAGCUAUUAUAGAAGAUGGAUCUGUUGAAGGAAGGCUCCCGAACGCUCCCUUCAAUCCAAUGGCAGGCUAAGAGUUGAGGUUCUACAUUUUUUAGGUUUUAAAAUCAGAAUCUUGCUUAAACAGGUUGAAGGUUUUUUAUUAAUUUAAAAAUAAAAAAAAACACUUUUUUAA